GGCCGGACGGUGGCGCCGCCGCGGCUCUGGGGGCUCAGCGCGACGCCGGAGAGCGGGCGCGUCCGGACACCACGGUGGUGGGUCCGGAUGCCGGCAGGAUGGUGCUGGUCCCCAUCGUGGUGCUCUGGGCCCUGGCUGCUGCAGACCAGUCCCCCGUCACCAUCACCGUGUCCAUUGGGGAUGACGCCUGCCUGCCCUGCAGCACCCAGCCUUGGGGUCACCUGCGGGGGGUCACCCUCAGCUGCACCCACCACAAUGGGACCCACCAACCCAUUCCCGUCCUCCGGCACCGCCUGGGCUGGCUCCCACCGGAGCCGGGCUGGAGCCCACCAGAGGAGCCCGACAACCGCUUUAAGGGCCGGGUGUCCUUCUGCGCCGGGGGGCCGGAGGGCGCCGGCCUGGCCCUGCUCCUGAGGAACCUCAGCGAUCCCGACUUCGGGAAUUACUCCUGCUACGUGGCCGGUGCUGCCCCCCCGCAGCUCCUCUGCAGCCUGGUCCUGCAGCCCACGGCGGGCGAGGUGCCCAGGGGCGCGGAGCCGGACAUGAUCACGGUGGUGUGCGUCCUCGUGGCUGCCUUCACGGCGGUGGCCAUCGGGGUGGUGAUGUGCUGCCGCUGCGGGUGCUGCGGGAGGCGAGGAGCAGGAGGAGGAGGAGCAGGAGCAGCACCGGUGGCUCUGGGUGACAUGAAAAGUUCCAGCGUCUGAGGCCACCCCAGCCCCAGCAGCUCCGGUGUGCCCAGGACAGCAUGCGGCCCCGGCUCCUUCAAUAGGAUCUGGGGGGACAAGGACCCUG